GUCAGGGGCCCGGAAGUGGCGUCAUCGCUGAGCCCGGCGGAGGUGACGCGCUGGGACGGAGGGAGCGGGCCCGGCGCGGCCCGGGAUGGACCCGGCGGCCGAGCACCGGCAGCAGCUCCGCAGCCUGCGGGACUUCCUGCUGGUCUACAACCGCAUGACCGAGCUCUGCUUCCGCCACUGCGUCUGCAACCUCAACUACCGGCUGCUGACGGGCCGCGAGGAGUCGUGCCUGGACAGCUGCGCCGCCAGGCUGGUCCGCGCCAACCACCGCCUGAUGGGCGCCUACGUGGGGCUGGUGCCGGCGCUGCUGCAGCGCCGCGCCGCCGAGCACGGGGCUGCGGCGGGGCCGCCGGCAGCCGGAGCGGCUGCACCCCUGCUGCCCGGAGCCCCGGGCUGCAGCAGCGUUGCACCGGGCCCCGGGAGCCCCCAGCAGCGGCUGGGCCGGGCCGGGCACCAGGGCUGGGGCACAGGAACCGGGGCAGGGCCCCCAGCCCUCCUGGUUGUGCAUUUCUGGGAAGUGGAUUGCGAGUACCAAUAAAACAUCUUCACAGGAA